AUGAUUUUAGAAUGCCGUACAGAAUGUGUCGAACGAAACCAGGGUGUAAUUGUACGAGUACAUUUGGAAGAGAUUAUGGUACAUGUUGGACUGUGCCGUAAUCUAACGUCAUCUUCAUCUCAAGUGACCCCCUACAUAUGUGACCGAAAAAUUGGGGUUUGGACGUUUGACGAAAACAGUGUCGGACAUGUUUUAAUGCCAUUUUGCGUAUCUAUAAGAGUCUCUACUGAAAUUAUUUACUUGUUUAUUGAGAAAACGUGUUUUCAUUUGCGCCUACACCCGAGAAGAACGGAUAGACAACAAAAUUGA